AUGGAUAUCCCUAGCUCAUUAAUUUCUUCCAUACUCAUGUCUAUGGUUGCGUCCAAUAUUACCAUCACCCCAGAAUCUGUUGCACAUAAAGCCUCCACCAUGGCAGACCACCUUCAAGUUCAGCAGAAACAGUUGGUACUACCGCCGGGGUUUAGGUUCCACCCGACGGAUGAGGAGAUCAUCAAAUUCUAUGUGGUCCCUAAGGUGCUCGAUGAAGCCUUCGUUGCCGCGGCGAUUGAGGAUGUGAACCUCAACAAGUACGAGCCAUGGGAGCUACCAGAGAAGGCGAAGAUGGGGGAGAAGGAGUGGUACUUUUACUCCCGAAAGGAUCGCAAGUACCCCACUGGGAUACGAACGAACCGGGCGACGGAGACCGGCUAUUGGAAGGCCACCGGAAAGGACAAGGAGAUCUUCCAGCCACCUUUCAAACUCAUCGGCAUGAAGAAGACACUCGUCUUCUACAAGGGUCGGGCGCCUAGGGGGGAGAAGACCAAUUGGAUCAUGCAUGAGUAUAGGCUCGAGAGCAGCAAGAAGCUGACAUCCAACCCAUCCAUCACCACCCGCACCGUCACCAGAACCAACAUGGCUUCCAAGGAACAGUGGGUGGUUUGUAGGAUCUUCCAUAAGAGCACCGGACUAAAGAAGAUGGUGACACCGUCAUAUGACAUGCCAAUGUACACAGGAGCAGAACAUCAGCAGGGCUUUGUCGACUUAGAUACAUUGCCUCCUCUCAUGGAAUAUGACAUGUCGUCAACAUGUGCGCAUGCACCGCUGUUUCCUGGAGCUUCUUCAUACAAGUCGCACGAUGUCGGAACUGGCUCAUCGAUGAUGGGCAGUGCGGCGCUUCCUAUUAUGAAUUACCACUACAUCGGGAACAACCACCAGCACCAAAUGAUGGUCAACCCAACACUGCCUCUGUCGCUCUACCAACACCAACAACAACAUCAACAGAUGAUGAUGCAUAUGGGUGCAGAUCAGGGUCUCAUGGUCGGGGCUCAACCUGGAGGUGGGUUGGCGUCGAUGCUGUCACAGGAGGAUGUUGUGGCCGGGCUAAGGAACAACUACCCAGGGAACACCGCUGCAACAGCAGUUGGCGAUACCUCAUUGAUGAACAUGGGUAUGGAUGACAUUUGGCAGAAUUGA